UCAUCUUCCAGAUUCAUCUAUAACAACAUCUUAUACAUUUUAACAAUAACUUAUCAUUUAUACAAAAACAUUUAAAGAGUUGCAUAUAAGUAGAUCACUAUAAAGCCUUCUAACUCUUAACUAUUCUUUUAUUUUAAAAUUUAAUUCACCCUAUCCCUUCUCAUUUUUCCCAACAAAAGAGGAUUUUAUUCUUUUUCAAAGUGUGCAGCAUGUUUCUAGCCUCAGUUUUGGGAUAGCUUUUCACCUCUUGAAGCUAUGUUGAAAAAGUUCUCAAGUAUUACACAAGAAGGUUUUGCAUGAAAACAAGUUUCCUACUACCAGCAUAAGCCUCUUUGUACCAUAUGACUGACCCAGCUGGCCACUCCUUAGAGUGAAAUAAUUAUUUCUGUACUCUGGGGAAAUUUGCUUUCUCUCAAACAUCCUUUGGAUUUGGGGCUCAGACAAACUCCUCUAAACCCACCAUUGACUGAGCCAGGUUACUUGGACAACAUUUUAAUUUCCCCUUGAUCCAGUUAAUUGUAUUGUGCGAUUAGAGCCAGUGUGACAUGCUGCACUGUUCAUGCAAUCAGUUCACUGUUCAUGCAAUUUUCUAAACACUAAAAGCAGAUUAACAAAACCCAGUUGCUGGGUUUGCAUAGCAUUCUGUGCUCGAAGAAACCAUAUUAUGGCUUAGUUUGAUGGCCUGAUUCACACAAUGUGCCAAGACAAUGGCAGGGCCCCAGAACAUAUUAAACCACAUUCUGCCUAAUUUAGCUUCAUCUAACAUGUUGGACUAUGUAUUCCUGUAUGUUUGGAGGAGGGCAAGUAUGGCAUAAGUCAUGACAUUAUGCAAAUGAGGUAAAUAAUGUACAUCAGACUUGACUGACGUAAAUUAUGGAAUUUGCACCAUUUGUAUGAUGUCAUGACUCAUGAGAUGUCAUCCUGGCUUUUACCAGACAUCUGUGUUUGGAAUCACAGCCACUUGGCUAUCCUGAAGCAGCAGGAAUAGGCAUAUGUGUGUUUGGGGGUGAAUUACUUGUGUUGUCUAGCUGUCUGGUCCAUACAACUCUGCCACUACUUAAGACCAUCAUCAACUUCUUUCCAAAGUGUUUCCCUGCAAAGCCAAUAAUAGCUUGCUCAGAGCUGUUUCCUGCCUUGGGGCUGUAUGGAUGGCCAUUAUAAAACAAAUAAAGGCAGCUUUGUGUUUGGUCCUUAUUCAUUUAUUCUUAGAAGCAGAAUGCAUGAACUUAUAAACUACAACUCAUCAUAAGAUGACAAAUCAAUUUGAAAGAGUGGAAGCAGAUAAUACAACAGCAUAAGUGUUGGAAAUGGCUGAUCCUUCCUGAAGGUGUGUGUUGAGCUUCAAUGAUGAUUUAUUAGAUUUAAUAUAGCUGCCCAUUCCAGUGGAUUCUAAGAAGUGAUAGAUGCAAAAACGCAUUCCUACAAAUAUUUUAAGCACCAGGCUUUUCCCCACCCAAAAAAAUAACUCAUAUAUGACCUUUUCAGCAAUAAUUUGGUGGGGGAAAGGGCAAAUCGUUUGUUCUUAUGCUAAGGAUAUGUGUUAAUGUUUACUACAAUAUUUGGGUCUUUCCCAUCAAAGCAAUCCUGGCUAUUUCCAAGGCUCUCCUUUCAUGAAGAGCUCAUGCUCAGAAAUAUGCAAAAAAAAAAAAAAAAAUUCAAAAUGUGGGAGAUUGGAAAUGUGUGUGUGGGGGAAUUUAUCGUUUAUGAUGGCAGACUGUUUUUGUGAAGAGAAAGCAGACCUUACUUAGCACAGCCAGUUGGGUCUGGAGGUUAAGGCGCUGGACUAGAAUUGGGGAAAUCGGAGCCUUGUCCUGUCUUAGGCUUGGAAGCCAGUGGGGUGACCCUGAGCCAGUCACUCCCUUCAGUGCUGGGAAGAAAGCAAUGACAAACCAUUUCCGAAAAUGUUGCCCGGAAAGCUGCAUGGAGUUACUCAGGUACUUGCCAGAAUGCAAGAGUGACCUGAAAGCCCUUUCUUCCCCCUCCCAUUAAAAGGAAAGUGAGGAGAUAUGAUGGAAGCAUGUAAAAGAAUGAGAACCCCAUUCUUUUUGAGUGGGUGGAGUUUCAGCCCGCCCUAGAUUUUCAGGGGUGGGGGUACAGAAAUAAUUGAAUUAAUGUUGAGAUUUUAAAAACUCAUACUACUGUACUGGAAAGAAUUAGUCUUGCUACCGGUUGUCCAUCGAGCUAAGCGACGCUAUCCCCGAUGGGGGAAGCCCCCCAAUCCGCCUUUUUCAUUGGCUGUUUCGUUGAUAGAACCACUAAUUAGCCAAUCACAUGUUAGUGCGGCGAGACUCCCACCCUUGUUAACUUUUGUUUCAAAGUAGCGUGAGAACUCCGAAAACUGGUUAAUUCAGUAACCCCGCUUAAUGUGGAAAGUGUCAGUCACAGCAGUUACAUUCACACGAUAUGCCAAACUCGGUGGUUGUUAACCUGAUCUUGUUUUGCAAAGCCAAACUCUGGUCAGUGUAUGAUUCAUUUAAGUGUGCAAAUACAGAAUAUGGAUCAACCCAGCAACUAAGCGAAGCGAAGUUUGGUUAAAGUAAGUAGACAUGUUUGGGAACAUAACCUCUGAAGAGAGGAGGCCCUGAUGUUCCUGGCAGGACAACGGGGGCAGGACGGAAUAAAAACACGCUUCAGAACUAAAGAAACGGUUACCUCCUAGUCUCCGGAAGCGUCCCUCUCAUUCGGGCUGCUGCAAAAAUCCGGAGUAUGGCAAGCGAAGAGGUUUCUGAUUCUGCUCGCUGGAGUCUGUUGGUCGUCCGGGUUUUUGCAGCCCAGAUCUGGCAGUCCUACUAAUAUGCGCCGGCCACGGGCACACCUCUUCGUCCGCCACCUCAGAGACGAGAUCAGAGAAAAGGGUCCCCAACUUUCCGCGCUGCAGGGUUUGCGCCCACCACCACUUCGUCUGCACAUCCAUAGCGAACCAACCCGCCCAGGGGCUAAAGCUUCGAUUCAUUCGUUUAAAAAAAACUGCUGCCGACGGCUCCGGGUAUUGGCUAUAAGGAUUCGCGUAUUCAAAUGUCCUGAUCUCGCGCUUCUGUUGAUUCAUUCAUUCAUUCCUUUCUUUCUCUCCUCUACGGGUUUACAAAGAGGCAGCAGCCAAUCACGGCCGCGUUCUACAGCGCCUGCCUCGUUGCCAUAGGAGGCGUCGCCCCAUUCCCAUGGAAACAGGUUUGUUGAUCCCGGUUUUCGCUCUUCUACGCCCCAAUUGGAACUCGCGAACGGAGGAGCUGCUGUGGAGAGCGCCGCCAAAGGGAUCUUCUGGAUGCCAUAAUGGCCAAGCUGAUGCAAGUACCCCCUAAGUUUCUACCCCCUGAAUGGCACAUUGCUAACAAGGUCCAGUACAGUAGUGCCGAGGCCCAGCGGUCUCGGUCGGAGCGCUUGGUGGAUGAGAGCCAGCGGCUGGUGGAUGAAAUUGAGAGAACUACUCAGAAGACCCAGAGCGAUGUCAACAAGAGAAUAGAACAGAGACUUGAGGAAAUAAAAUUCUGGAAGCAGCAGUUGGAUGAGAAACUUGACCAGCUUGUGAAGGAGACUGAAGUGCUUUUGUCAUUCAAAACAAGGCUGGAAAAAGCUCUGGAGGGCUGCAGAGAACCACUUUUCACAGCACAGGAGUGUCUCUUAAACCGGGAAAGGCGGGUUGGUAUUGACUUGGUCCAUGAUGAAGUGGAACGGGAGCUGAUUAAGGAAGUUGAGGUCUUCCAGGGGGUUGUUGCUUUGCUUGAACGCACACUGGAGCAAACCGAUGAGCAACUCAGGCUUAAUCGGUCAGCCAAAUACAAUCUUGAAAAGGACCUGAAGGAUAAAUUUACAGCCUUGACAAUUGACAACUAUUGCUCCAGUCUGACCAACAACUCAUCUGAUAUUGGAUAUGUCCAAAAUGUUGUGCAGGUUGAUGAGAACUCAGUGACCCCUGAACAAUGGAUGGAUUUCUCCAACACAAACGUUGAAAAAGCUGACAAGCAGCGGAACAAUUCCCUGGCACUCAGAACCUUGAUUGACAGCAUUUUGUCCCAAACUGCAAGUGACAUGCGCAAGCAAAACAGGACAGUGAACAUUGCGUUCCAGAAUAGGGUGAAGGAGACCAAGGAUGCCAAGAACAAAUUAGAAAUACACCUGGCAAAGGUGAUGGAGGAGAUCAGCUCCCAGACAAAAAAUAUUGAUGCCCUAAAGAAAGCCAUCCUGGAUAAGGAGGGGCCAGCCAAGGUGGCCCAAACUCGCCUGGAGACCCGGACUCAUCGUCCAAAUGUAGAGCUUUGCCGAGAUGUGGUGCAGUAUCGACUCAUGCGGGAAGUGCAGGAAAUCAACCAUAAUGUUCAGAGGCUGAAUGACACAUUAGCUCAGGCUGAAGCAGAACUGAAAGGCCUUAACCGCCGGCAGCUCUCCCUGGAGGAAGAGAUUGAAGUCAAAGCAAACACCCUUUAUAUUGAUGAAGUGCUCUGCAUGCAGAUGAGAGAGUCCAUUUCCAUCAAUAACUUCUGAUCCCACGAUGCUGGCAGAAUCUCUGCUUGGCUGGAUCCCACAAAUAGAUCUUGGAAUAGUAGUUUGAACUUUCAAAAAUCUUUUAUGGAAGCCAAACAUCUGCCCUGAACUUUCUACCAGAUAAUAAAUUGGUGAAACUUCAGAACCCAACUUCAUCAUAAGCUCUCUGGGGCUUAGUAAAUGCUUGACAGGUCCCUGGGACAGAGGACUAGAGUGAAAGUGAUGGCUGGAAAGAAUACAAGUAGGACUUGAACUAGUGUCUUUAGUGCAUAAAUAGUUUAAACAUUUAAGGGGAGAGCUUAUUCACCAUACUGCUUUCUCAGGAUUUGUAAAAAUAAAUUACCUGUUUUCUGUCCUUUUCAGGCAGAAAACAGACUUAAAUUGUUUAUUUAAUCUUUAUAGAAUAACCUAAAUGGGGAUGAGGGGGAGGCUAGAAUCAUCCACCCAAAACUCCUGGCCCCUAAUUGACAGCUCCAUCCAGUUCACACAAUCGCUUAUCCACUGUGCUGUAAGAUCAAAAGUGGUCCUGAUACCAGGGACAUCCACAGGGGGUGGGGGUGGUCAUAAAAAUCAAGUUGGUGGCUUUAACCAUAUGAUCACAGCUGCCAUCUUGACUUUGUCUCCCCCUCCUCCCCCUCACAGACUCCCCUGCAUAAUUCUGUUUAAUGUUGCUUGACUCCUAAUUCUUGGACUAAUUUUUAAAACGUGGAUAUUGUGUAGGCAAUGACUCCCAUAACUUAUAAAUGCUUUAAAUUCUGUGUUCCACCAAACUCAUAUUUUCUUCUUUGGGACAGCCAAGUCUCUCCUCAAAGACCAACACACUUUUCUUUCUUCCUUGAGAAGAGAAAUGCAAGAACCUUUUCUUGCAGGGUUUUGUCCCGUGACCUGCAGUGCUUCUGGUCCAGCAAAUGUUGUGUG